AAUAAUCUCGGCUCACAUUACCCCACGCGCUCCUUUUCAAUAUGGCGGAAUUUUAUCUUCGCUACUAUGUGGGUCAUAAAGGAAAAUUUGGCCACGAGUUUCUGGAAUUCGAAUUUCGACCGGAUGGUAAGCUUAGUCAGCCUUUUAUGCAAGGAAUUCAAUGGUUUUAGAAUAGUCACAUGGCUUAUUUUCUCGUCUUCAGGCAAACUUCGGUAUGCUAACAAUUCGAACUACAAGAACGAUGUCAUGAUUCGAAAAGAGGUAAGAGCUGGUAUAUGCCAUUUAUGUAACUUCACACGUUUAAUUCCUAGUUGUAACUGUAAUAGCAUAACAUCGAUUAACCUGUAGCGACGUCAAUUCUUAAGAAUUACCGUACGUGACUCACAAGCAACGAUAAGCACAUUAAGCAGAAGACUUGACAUAUUCAAUUCUGCAGGGCUUUUAAGAAAUUAUAGUUACAUGUUCAGUUAGCUAAGAGAACUUGAAAAAGUACUUCAACACCUCCAUAUUUCACGUGAUAAUCGCAGUAACACAUAGUAAUGUGGUGCUGCGUUUGCGAAUUCUGUAGCGUACGCAAGGUCUUUUAGAGUUAGAAGUUUAGCUUUUUGUUUGAGAUUCUGGGCCCGGUUCCUGAAAGGCCGAUUUGCUCCAAUCCAGGAUUAAAAUUUUGCUCCACUUUCUGUAUUUACCUCCCUAUGCAUUAAUUGCUUAGAGUAACAUUUUGUGUUAUCAUUUCUUUUUUUCUAGGUAAAGGCACAACAGUAUUUUGUAAGCUCUAGGUACAUGUUCUUGGACAAGACCUUGCUUAAAACUUGGCUUAAUCCUGGGUUAAACUUAACCAUCUUUCGAGGAAUCGGGCCCAGGACGUUUUCUUGCUCGUUGGCUUGUUUCAGAUAACUCGCACUUUUAAGAACGAAAUCUGAAAUAAUGCAUGGGCAAACUGGCGAAAUCAAUAUGCGAAUUUCAUGUCAAAAUCUGAAUUUUUCUAGAGAGAAAAAUAUCAAGAAUGUUUAUUCCCUCUUGACUCCUGAAAAUUUUCAAGCAGUAAAUGUACUGUAAGCUUACUUUUUCAGUCUUGUCCUGGCUGGGAUAUUCUGUGGUCAGGGAGAUUUUCAUGAUUAGCCAGAAGAGAUCAGAAGCAGUGAGUUAAGGCCCGGUUCAACAACAAACUUUUCAUGUACUGAAGUUAAUACCUAUUUGGUUGACAUAAGGGAUGUAAGUUUGACAGUUGAUUCAGAAGUCUAACUCAACUAGUCAGACUUAAUUCAUUUUCACAAUGUACAAUUAUGAUCUACAAUGCUAACCAGUCAAAAUAAAUUAAGGCAAUUGAUGCGUUUGAUUCAGCACAUGAAAAGUUUGAUGUUUGAAGUGAAGUUACUCCACAGUCAAAAUUCCCAUGUGGGCCACUUGAACUCGAUUUGUGGGUCGACCCUAAUUAGAAAUGUUGGACUUUAUUGAUUCAAACAUCAAUCUUUUCAUAUACUUAAUUGGAGGGAUUAGGUUCGGUAUAUGGGAAUUACGAUGUUUGAACUGGGCAUAAGAUGCUUCUGUGACUGAUUCUGUAAGAAUAAUAGUCUUGCGUCGUCCCAUUCUUCAUGGAAACAUUGUUCGCAAAAACAUUGCCUGUGAAUUCCCAAUAAGUUAGCACUGGGUCUCCCAGGAUGACUCUUAGGAGAUUUUUCUACAACAAAUAAAUUUCUUUUAAACAGGCAUUUGUACACAAGGCUGUCAUGGAUGAACUAAAAAGAAUCAUAGAAGACAGUGAGGUUUGUAAAUAAUAAUAGUAAUGACAAUAAUGAUAAUGAUGAUGACAAUGACGGCAAAAACGAUGAUGAUAAUAAGAAUAAAAAUAAGAUAAAUCUUGAAUUCCACAACAGUGUACCUUAAGCUUUGGAGAAACAACCAUUUAACAAAGCAAGAGGACACUCAUGAAAUAAAUCAAAGGAAAGUGUCUUCAUUUAUAAAGAAAUUACCUUCACAGGUACGUGUUAUGAGUAAAAAAACAGUGUGAACUACUUGCCUGCUUAAAUUAGACCUUAAUGGAUGGAGGGUACCACCCAACCAUCUAUCCUUUUCCUGGCUAAGAGCAAAGAAACACAAAGACUCAGGAAAGGAUACUUCUCUUUUUUUGUUUCAAGAUAAAGAAGGGAAACACAACCAUGAAAUAUCUUAACCCGGUUUAAGCCCAAAAUGGUUGGCAUUAAGGGGUUGUUUGAUACCAGAAUCUCUUACAACCUUACCCUUUAUGUUUUUAAUACCCCUUUAUAUCUUGUAAAGGAGAGUAACUCCUUCUUUCUGGAAUAAAUUACUAUCAGAACUAGAAAUCAAUGCUGUAAACAUGGCUACCUCAUGUCAGUUUGCUUUGUAUUGUAGCUUACUAUUUUCAUUUGUCUGUAGAUUCUUCAAGAAGAUGACAAACUUUGGCCACAACCUGACAGGGUUGGUAGACAAGUAAGUGUGAAUGAUUUAAAAAAUAUUUCUUUAUUACAAUUCCAUCUCAGGUCCAAAUGACCAAAAGUUUUCCUCAAAACAGGUUUGGUUCUUAAAUUUUUUUUUCAAAAGUAGGUUGAGUUUGAUCGUCCAGCUGAACGUAGUCCUGAAUAGGACUGUUGUUGUUGACUGACAGAUGACCAAUAACAUCGCGACGUAAUUGACCAAUCAGAUCAAUAACCAGAGUAUAAUACCAUCAACUGACAUGAUACAACUCACUUUGACUCUGAAGAUGACUACCGCACAGGUUGUCGAAACGUCAGUCACUGUCAACAACAACAGUCCUAUUCAGGACUACGUUCACCUGGACAAUCAAACUCAACCUACUUUAAAAUUUUUUUUGUUGCAAUUUGUUUUUUAUGUAGGGAGGGAUUCCCCUGUUUAUUUUCCCCUGUAUUAAAAAACACUCUUAAAAUGUCAUAGCCUGCAUUGCAGGCAUAUUUUUUUGGCAAGCGAAAGCUGCUUGUUUAUUUUCAUAAUCCCAUGGCAGCCAUCUUUGAUUCUAUCACUGAGAAAGAUUAUGGAGAGUAGAAAAAUUAACCCUUGAGGUAGGUAUUAGAGUUCAAGAGAAGGAAAUGGGGGAGGAGAGGGGUAAAAAAUAAUAUGCCUCAAGAAAUAAAGGAUUUCACGCUUCAAAUUUUGAAACAAAUUUUGGUAAAAAAGUGCAUACUAUACAUCAGUAAAUACUAGCUGUAUUGAUUGAAGAAAACAUUGGAAUUUACAGGAACUGGAAAUUGUCAUGGGUGAACAGCACAUUUCAUUCACAACUGCUAAGAUUGGCUCUCUUAUUGAUGUCAAUCAGUGCAAGUAAGUCAUGUUAUUUAAUUAUGUUCAUUGAUUAUUGUUAUUUCUGUGGUGAUCAAUCAUCAUGAGCCUGUGUUUUUUUUUUCUUUUUUGCCCAAUGCACCCUUUUUUAUGGAUCCAAUUCAAGAGAAAAAAAUAGAUAUCAUGAGAGAGCAUGUCAUUACAGUUUUUUGAGACAACACGUUUUUGGAAGCUUUCACUAUUUUCAGGCUUAAGAAAAAUAAAAAUCCCAUUGGUCAAACGCAUUGGCUAUGGGCAUUCUGCAAAAUCCACCCCAAAACAGGGCUCAAAAUUGCGACUGAUACAGUCGCCAAUGCAGCUGACAUUUUCUCCCUGCGACUAAAAAUUCUGGUUGUGUCGCCACUUUGGCGACCAGAUUUCUUUAUGAUUUAGAUUUAAAAUAAUUAAAAGAGUAAAGUUAAAACAAACAUUUCAUCUUAUGGUGCUUUGCUUUCGUCAUAAAAAUGUGCCAAAUUGCAUAAACAAAGCCAGUCUACAACCAAAUUUAUACUUACUUUUGUCCGCAAUAUUUUGUGUUGCUUCCCUACCCGUUCAUAUACUUCAACCAUUGAAAUCGAUACCAUUUCAUAUACCUGAGGCCUGAAAAAGGUACCUCUUUCGGGCGGAGCCUCCCCGUAUACGCUAUUGUGAGGAGUAUCCCCCACCACGUUUGUUUUAAUUACGAAUAGCCCUGUGAUGCAAUGCCAAUUUAUAAUGGCUCUGAAGUAGAGCACAAAUUUCUUCUUCUGCACCCCCAGUGAAUAUUAAUCCUAGAGUUGCAGUUUGGCCACUGAAAUUCUCAUUGUAGGAAACAGCUAGGGCUGAAAGCGAGGUUUUAGCCAGAAGGGUGUAUAGCUGUCCUAUGGAUGCCCAUUUUUGGAAGAAAUACAUGCCUUCUGGACGGCCAGUUUUCAAUGUCUGGCUAAAAUCCUGGCUGAAAGGAUGCAUAGUCUCUACUAUAGUGCAAAAUGUUUUGAGCAGUUUAUGUUUUUGCUCUACAUAAUUUGGUCUGACAAGCAUUCCAUUUUCAUACUGGUUGCUUCCAGUUAUUGUUUACAAGGUGUUUUCUACCCAGUGAGAGUUGUCCAUAGCAUAAUGAAAUGUGUUUACACAAAGACCAGUCAUUUGUUACCUUUGCAAUCGUGGUUCUUCAUUGAGGUCUAGACAAGAAUCUGUGUAUUACUUGGCAGAUGGUAAUCACUAGGGUAAAUUUCAUCUUCGAGGUAGGCUACUUUUUAAUGUGCUAAGGUAAUUUCUUUUUUUAAUUUUUUUCCAGGGAUCCUGAUGGCUUGAGAUGUUUUUAUUAUUUAGUUCAAGAUCUCAAGUGCAUGGUGUUUUCACUGAUUGGGCUUCAUUUCAAGAUCAAACCCAUCUAAAUGAUCGCUCAUGUAACAUCUCUAUCAUGAACUCUAUUUAAGUGUUUUUUAGUUUAAUACCUCCUAAAGUUGCUUGUCAAUACCUUGUGUAAGUUUGUCGUGAACUGACUUUUUGCCUUUGAAAUCAAGGUACUAAGAAUGUUCUUGCAUUGAAUGUCAUCAUUCAGAACAGUUUUUCCUCUCGAAAUAAGUUUUUCGUGUUGCAUGUUAUAUCUCACUCUUCUUGCCAUCUUACAUUGGUGCUGAACAAGUCAGAAGUGACACUACACAAGUCAGCUUGCAAAUGCUAACCUUUCUGGCUGUAAAAACGCAUGUAUUUGCAUUCUCUACACGACACUACUGUUGUAGAUUUUACAUGUUGUACGUCUUUGACCGUGCCAGUCAGAACUUCGACUAAAACUCUUCUAUUCCCCCAAUUUUAUGUUGAUAAAAUCAAGUUGACUUCUAUCUUGUGCAUGUUGUUUUUAACCCUAGUUUAUACAAUCCAUUUGACAGUUAAUUUCUAAGUCAUUAUCUACUGUUGAAUAGAAAAGCAAGAGUGUUUUCAAAAUGUCUUACAAU